CAUGUUGUCGGACCUGGCAGUACUGACGACCUUCACAGCGGCAUGGAGGCAGACCGUCCAUGGUCUGAACGUCUUCCGCCAGAACUAUGGCAGAUUGUUUUGAGUCAGACACCCUCCGCCACGACCCGAGAAUGCCUGGCUGUGUCUAGGUUCUUUCAUGAUCUCGCCGCUCGCAUACUGUUCUCCACGCUCCGUAUACACUUUGGGUGCUGGGAGGUCGGUUAUGGCUUUACAAAGGAACCUCCUGAAGGAGACCGCGGGUGCAAGUCGUGUUGCAUACUACUGCGCGUCAUCACCGAUCCUGUGUUCGCGUCUUUUGUCAAAGAACUGCACGUACUUGCAUUCGCGGACGUCGCGACCUUCGAGAUAUGCGGCCUGACCAAUGCUAUCAGCAUUAUGCACAAUUUGCGGACAUUCAAGUGGUACACCACCUUCCGGCCGCACUUCUUACCUGGUGACAACAUCCUGAUGGCACUGGCGUCGACCGCUGUCAAUCUUCGCGAGUACACCUUGCCAAUCCAAUGUUUGGGUGCGUUGAGCGCUCUCAAGAGACUACCAGCAUCGAGCCUCUGCAUAUACAAUCUGGACGAGUCCUUUGAAAUGGAGCCGGAUCCAUACGAGGAGUACCGCACGUCCUGUCCAUCAUUGCUUGAAUCUCGCAGAGGGUCUCUGACGCAGCUCACCGCACCGAGCCAGGCGAUUUGGGAAUGUCCGAUCCACAUCCUGCAGGAUUUGACUCAUCUGACGAUUGAGAACGGUGGUGAUCUCAGCAAUAUCACACUGCUCUUCCAUCAUUGCACCCAACUCCAGGCUCUGCACAUCGUCUCCCGUUUUGACUCGCCUACGGAAUUCUAUAUCGCUCUAGCGGCACAUCCCUCUGCACUCCCUCAUCUUACGCACCUCAAGCUUCAGCUGAUGUGUCCCGUCGUUGCCGCGGAGCUUGAGUCGUUGGGAGGCUUCAUUCGGACGAAGAAGAAACUGCGGUGUCUGGAUUAUGACGACGAGGGCAGCACUCUUCAAGAACUAUCUCCUCUCUUGUUUGCCAUUCAAUCGCUAUCAGGCCUGGAGGUUCUAGGGCUGUAUAUGUGGUUGCACGAUAUCGGGCGGACAAUGUGUGAUUUGCUGAGAGGCACAAUCCCUCACGGGUUAAAGGCCCUACGUCUCUGGUUCGGAUACAUCGAGCUGGACCCCGAAGACAACGCGUGGGAUGGACUGUGGGCCACCCUCCCGAAGCUGGCCUUCGCGCACAUUGUCGACGACGCAAGCCUGCCGAUCGUAGAGUUGUCCGACAUCGUGGUUGCCAACAAGUCUCUGAGACUUGUAGGCCGUCGAUCGUGCCUAUGUCAGGUGGUUCGCACGGGCGAUGAGGUCGAGCUCAGCAAACCUUGGCCUCUCACCAAGGUCCAGUUCCGAACGACCGAGGACUUCGAGUGUGAAGAUUGGGAGUGGCUGAUGCGGGGCCAUGCGCUAGUGGACGAGCGCGAUUAUUACUGAUCAUGUUUCAUGCUUGUGCAGAGUUUACGAAUCACAGGUGAUUGGCUAUGUUAUCAUAAUACAAUGUACAGUCAACGUGUUCGAGCACGUAUGUAGAUUUUGGCAUCUCUCCGAAGCGGUCCAUGUCUGUAACAGAGUAGCGCGGAUGAUGUUCAAGCUGGCGGCUAACUUGAACGUCGAUCACUCAGGGGCGCUACAGACGUUACGCCGCCAUCUGUAGAUCGACGACCGC